AUGCCGCAUUAUUCGUUCUACGCGAUUAUAGCAGUUCUAAAACCUAUUUACAAAAUCCUUUACAAGAUUGGAAAAAAACAAUUGAAUUUAAGCCAUUCCAUUUGUUUUUUCUCAACAGGUAAUCGAAGUAAAGGUCACCGGGUCAACCAAGCUAAGAUGUCAUCUAUAGUUGCUAGUUCUCAAACCAAGCUGAAUGAGCUACUCGAGGCCAUUAGAUUAGAGUUUGCGCAAGUGUCGCAAGAAGCCACUUCUUACCGUUUACAAAAUCAGAAAGAUUACGAUUUCAAGAUAAAUCAGCAGUUGGCUGAGAUGCAGCAGAUUAGAAAUACUGUUUAUGAACUGGAGUUGACCCAUCGAAAAAUGAAGGACGCUUAUGAAGAAGAGAUCAACCGAUUGAAAAUUGAACUCGAACAACGGGAUAGACGACUAGCCUCGUUCACUGUCCACCACCAACAACAAGCGCAACAGCAGCAGCAACAUCAGCUACUCCACCAACAGCAGGCACAGCAGCAACAGGUACAAACAGCAGCACCUAAUACCACUGUAUCCGGGCCUAGUUCCUUUGCCGCGGGCUCUCCUGCUUCUGGUACGGCGGGCUCACAAAUGCCACCACAACCAACUCUACCGGCUGUAGCAGCUACUUCUAAUCAAUCACCCAGUUUGGCUCCAGCUCCAGCUGCAAGCACGACAGCAGCGCCAAGUACUCCUGGAUUCAGUGGUAGCGCUGCACCCGCACAGACGCCAGCACCCAGUGGCACAGGGAAUGAAUCACAAGCCCAGACGACACUCCAAAAAGCAGGGACAAGUAUUUUACCAUCGACUUCCCCGUUACCGCAACAAGAGCAGUUGGCUAAGAUCACUAAAGCAGAAGUGACUUCUAAAGAGAUGCAGAAGACACAGUCGAAGCAGACAGGUUCGGAAGGCGGAGACUUACCACAAGAACAUUACGUGGUUCCAUAUGCGGAUCGUGCUAGCCACGCAAAACCGAUCCCUCCCUUUUUGCUGGAUUUGGAUUCUCAAACCGUUCCAUCUCAUUUGAAGAAACAAACAAACGAUUACUUUGUCCUAUAUAAUCCAGCAUUACCUCGUGAACUGGACGUCGAGUUGCAUUGUUCAUUGGACCAUACUUCUGUUGUUUGUUGUGUCCGAUUUAGUAAUGAUGGUGAAUUUCUAGCUACAGGUUGCAACAAAACAACUCAAGUUUUCAAAGUUUCUGAUGGUACAUUAGUCGCUAGACUUUCAGAUGACGCCGCUACACAAAUCAAUGAACAAAAUGAUGAUAACGGUAACGGGGAAGAGACCAACAACGAUGCAAAUUUUGCAGCUUCAAAGAGCGCUUCGACAGAUUUGUAUAUUCGAUCUGUUUGUUUCUCCCCUGAUGGUAAGUUUUUAGCAACAGGUGCAGAAGACAGGCUAAUUAGAAUUUGGGAUAUUGCUCAAAAAAAGAUUGUCAUGGUUUUGCAGGGUCACGAACAAGAUAUCUAUUCUUUAGAUUAUUUCCCAUCCGGUGAUAAGUUGGUGUCCGGGUCCGGUGAUAGAACUGUAAGAAUUUGGGAUCUUCGUACAGGGCAAUGUUCUUUGACACUGUCUAUUGAAGAUGGUGUGACCACUGUAGCAGUUUCACCAGGUGAUGGUAAAUUUAUUGCGGCAGGAUCGUUAGAUCGUGCAGUACGUGUUUGGGACUCUGAGACCGGGUUUCUGGUUGAAAGAUUGGAUUCAGAAAACGAAUCUGGUACAGGUCACAAAGAUUCUGUCUAUAGUGUUGUUUUCACAAGAGAUGGUAAUGGGGUUGUUUCUGGUUCAUUAGAUAGAUCUGUCAAACUUUGGAAUUUGCGCAGUGGUUCUAACGAUAGCAAUACAAAUGGAAAACCAACACCAGGCACAUGUGAAGUCACAUACACGGGUCAUAAAGAUUUUGUUCUCUCUGUUGCAACGACGCAAAACGACGAAUAUAUACUCUCAGGUUCCAAGGACCGUGGCGUAUUAUUUUGGGAUACUGUAACCGGAAAUCCAUUAUUGAUGCUCCAGGGUCACAGAAACUCUGUUAUUUCGGUAGCCGUCGCAAAUAGUUUUCCAUUAGGUCCUCAAUACGGUGUAUUCGCUACAGGUAGCGGAGACUGUAAAGCAAGAAUCUGGAAAUAUACCAAAAAAGAGAAUGGGACGGAAGGUGAUGUCAACCAGCCUAAAGUCAAAGAGUUAAAGGAAUAG